AAAAAAAAAAUAAAAAUAUAUAGACAUACUAAUAAUGUUUUCGUGUGUCUUGUGUGACUACUGACUACUGUUGUCAACGAGCUAACCGUCUAGCAGCCUAACCUGUAUGCCGUACAGUAGUCGGUAACUGUAAAGCGACUGAACUACUGAAGUGUGAUUUGUAGAAAAAAUGCUCGCUUGUAUGUAAUGUGCACUUUUAAUAUUCAAUAUUUCAAUUACGAUCGAUUAAAUUAUCAUUGAUACAGCUACGGCGGAAUUGGCCGGUAGGCGGUAAGACAGUACUAGGACGACUUCAAAAUGAACCCAAACGUAAACGAAGAAGAUACCAAAUAUUGUUUCAACUGCCGAAGAAGUAUUCCACUUGUUAAUCAUGUAAUGCACACUGCAUACUGUCACCGUAACCUGAAGCUUUGCAUGAAAUGUGAUGAACCGUUCUUAACUUCAGAGUAUGAAGAGCAUCAAAAAACUAUGCAUUCGAUUAUUAUAUGCAAUGCUUGUUCUGAAAAACUUGAAGCAAUGGAUUUAGAAUCACAUAAAUUAAACGAUUGUUGUCACCGCAUGCAAACAUGUAAAUAUUGUGAGAUUGAUAUGGAAGCUUUCUCGUUACCUGCACAUAUAGAUAUGUGUAGUAGUCGUACAGAACGGUGUAAAAGUUGUGGACAAUUUAUAAUGCUGAAAUAUUUGGCUGUACAUCAGGAGUCCCACGAACGCAAAGAAUUACUUAAUAUUGCCAAACCAGUAGUAGAUGACAGUCCAGGCAGUUUGGCUGCAUAUCCACCAUUAAUAAAAAAAGUGCCAAACAUUGCAGUAACUGCAAGACCGACAACAAGAACUACUAGUAUGCCCACAUUGAGAUUACAUGAGCCAGCCAUGGCUAACCAUAGGGUUACGCCACCAGUCAAACGCAACAAUGAUCAACCUCAAAUUAAUACUCACAGCAAUAAUGAUAAUACGCACAAAGAUCCAAAAAAGAAUAUGCCAAUAGUAGACACACCAAGUGAUCUAGAUGAUGACGAUGAUGAAUUUCCUAUACUUGGUGCUUAUUCAAUUCCUAAUAACCAUUCUGCAAAUAUCAAUAACCAUUUUACAAAUGAAUACAAUAAUUUUUCUGAUGCAUUUAAUAGUGUAAAACUACCAUGCGAGUUUUGUCUGGAAAUGAUUGAUUCUGAAAAUCUCGUUUUGCAUGAAACUGGAUGUCGUCCUGAUUUGGCAACAUUUCAUAAUGUUUUGCAAACGAAUAAUAAAAAUACCAAUGGCGAGAAUGAUAUGUUUCCAAUACCACCUAAUGACUUGGAUACCUCCAGCAGCAGUGGUGACAGUGAGCUCAAUUUGAAUACAUUGAGUUUAAGUUCAGAAGAUGAAGAUGAUAGUGACAAAAUCAAUGUUGAAAAAUUGCCUUGUGAAUUUUGUGAAAAAUUAAUCUCUAUUAAGAAGUUUUUAAACCAUCAAUGGAGAUGUGAAAAAUUACAUUUGGAUUUACCUGUGAUAAAUAAUUUUGAUAAAGAUGUGUAUCCACAACAACUUAUUAAUAUGAAUACAAAGUUCCCGAAAUCAGUAAACUUACUUGAAACUCAGCGUAAUUUAUUGAAACCUACAUCUGGUAAUGAUGCUCCAGAUAAUUUAUCUAAUAGAACAUUGACAUUGAGAAACUCUGAUGCUAAUGUUCAAUCUUUGGCAUCAUCAAUAUAUGACCCACAAAUGAGACAGUUGCUACCACGGGUUAAACUAAAUAGACAAAAUCCAAGUAGAUCAAACAUACCUAUGGAUAAUCGUUAUGCGAACAACUCUGCUCGGAACAAUUAUGUGCAGUUUAUAUCCAAUUCAAGAUUAAAUCAUUCAGAGCAGACUUCUGCAAUUCAUAAUUCCCCUGUAUACCUAAAUCCAUCUGGUGGUGCUAUACCAAAACAAAAAAAUACGAAGUCAUAUAAUAAUAGAAGAGUUAUAAAUAACUUAUCUAAACGUAGAGAGUCUGAUUCAUCAAGUGACUGAAUGGUACUCAAAUUCCUUUAUUUUAAUUGCUGUUUAUAUUUUUAAGAAGACUACAACUAGUGAAAUUUUUAUAAUCUUAAGUAUUAAAAGUUUUUUCUUAACUUGUUUUUAACAUAUCCUAAUA